AUGGUUCGUGGUCCAUGUGCAACUACUAGUCCCAUUGCUGCUUCGCGGUGCAAUCACAAACUUGCCGUGAUACUAAUCUCUCUAUCUUCUGUCCCAUGCAUAGUGAGAAAUGUAAUUAUCGACGCUCUUGGGACGUUUCAUUAUCUGGACAAGUUCCAAAUAAGCACAUCCGAUGUUAGGGAAAAAGCACCUGGCUCAGGAACUAAUGAAUUCGUUCUUGUAAACGUUUUGCGAGAGCUACUAAAGUCUCAGAAGGUCAUUGUCUUUGCAAGUAAGAGCGCUCUAUUUGAAGAAGAAGCACUGGGUGUAAAGUGGCCCUUCAGUCAAGCUGGAAUUCCCUCUAUCCCUAGAGAGUUUAUGCCUAGCUCAUGGCGCUCUAUUUCGCUACACACGGUGUUGUUAUACUUCACGGCGGAUGGCCGCUCUGCAGAAGCACACGAAAGAAUUGAUCAACGUAGAGGCAUCGUGUCAUUACUUCGCAACGAAGACAAUUCCUUCAUUCGAGAGAUGACGGUGACGGCAGCCUCGACGAUAAGAAUCGAUAGCGACGGCAUAUUGGAAAACGAAAAUGAUAUCCAUGUUGUUGCAUAA